AUGUUGCCGCUGCUCUUCUUGCUAUGCACGACGAGCUUCCCAGGUCUUGCGCACAGCACCGAUCCCGCACCCAUCUCUCCACGCCGUGGCGAUUUGAUCCGUCACUCCGAGGUCCGCACUGACCUCACCAUUGACGAGUUUCUCGCCGAAGUCAGCCGCAGGAAGAAACAAACCAGUCCCAGCCUGCCACUGUACAAACGCGCGCCGCUAGGACAAGAAAGUCGAAAUAACCUUGAGGUGAACGCGGUGAUCGAGGAGCUGCACAGAGUUUGCCGCUCAAUUACAGACAGCCACCGCUCGACAGGCGGCAAGUGCAGAUGGGAGUUUGGAUCAGGCUGGGAGCAGCAGGGGGAAAACCGUGAGCCCAAAACAACAAGGGAAAUCCACUGCCAAAUACCGGAACAAGCCGGCAGUCAGCGGUCAGCAUUAAGGCGCUGUCCUCAGGGCCAGGUAUGCAGAAUCAGAAGAGGAUACAACUACGCAGGCGACUGGGUAGAAUUCCCAUUUUGUGAGGAUGAGAUCCCCUUUCUGCGGGACAAGGACAAUUUCGUUGCGGUGUAUUCUGUUUCCAAACCGGGGCCCGGAGGAGCCCAAGCUGUGUCCUACCACGUGGAUAUCGAUUGGCCUGCAACUAAUGCGCCUGGGCGGAACGCUUUCUUUGAGGACACGAGCGGGAAAAAGGGCUGGGCCCGUAGCUGGUCGUGUUUUUUCUGUCCGCCUGGGUUGGUGACGAUUCAUUCUCACCUGCCUGCGGUCGCAUUUGGCCAUGUUGUGUAG